AUGCUUCUUCGGCAAACCUGCACGCGAUGGGCGCCUAAUGGGAGCCAGGUCUCCAACUCCCGCGUGCGAUGCCUCACAGGCGCAGUGCGGCGCGUCUCACAUCAGUCUAUAAAGCAGUUAACUAUAGGAGUGUCCUCUGCCGUCUUUGUUUUUAUCUCGUAUUCUUUAUUCACCAACCCUCCAUGGAGUCAUGCGAGCAUUGCGGCUGACCAGCCACUCUCAUACCAGCAUUUUAUCCCUGCGUCCAUAAUUGAGUCCAAGGAAAGCGGCCCUGCUACCAAACUAAUUACACUCUCCAUACCGAAAGCUUUAGCUCCUGAGGACUGUCAUCCAAUAUAUUCGGUCUACAUCAAAGAUGACGAUCUUCAGAUAGAACGCCCGUAUACUCCAUUGUUUGGGGUGGAAAAGAAUGGGGAAAUGGUUUUCUGGAUCAAACGGUAUGAAGGUGGAGAGGUCGGAAGGUGGUUACAUUCCAAGAACGUUGGUGACACUGUCGAGAUUCGCGGCCCAGUCCCCACCUUGAGUUUGGCCAAAGAAAUGGAGAAUGACUGGGAUCAAAUUAUCAUGAUCUCUGGUGGAACCGGCAUCACGCCGUUCUUCCAGCUGCUUCACCUCUUUCUGCAGGACGGUUCGGGUAAAGCGGUGACCAAGCCACACAUCACCCUGCUUCAUUCUUCCCCUAAUCCCGAAGAACUCCCACCACCUAUUAUUCUCUCAACACUCCGAUCUCUUGAACAGUCUCAUCCUGGUGCUUUUACCCUCAAAGUCUUCGUCGACAGUCCACAUCCAUCCUCUUUUGCGUACAGUGAUGCCUCAUUCAAGCCUUUGCAUAUCGGCCGGAUAACAAAGCGGGACAUCAAUGCUACAUUGGAGGAACUUGGGCUUUGGGGCCGCUCAUUGCCGUCUAAAAGCUCGCUCCUUUCUUGGCUAAACCCCUUCUCAUACUUGUCGCGCCCCUCUCACACCACUUCAUCCUCUCCACAGCUGCCCGAAAAAGUGCUUUUCCUAGUCUGUGGCCCAGAACCGAUGAUAAAUGCUAUCGCUGGUCCCCGUGCGCGAGACCUUACAUCAGGCCCAGUACGGGGUGCAUUAGGGGCGCUUGGAUUCACUGCUGGCCAGGUUAGAAAGCUUUGAAGUCUGUAUGUAUCGAUCGGGUGGUUGACAUGUGUGGAAGACUCUUGAUGUCAGCAUAUGUCCUCUAAUAUUCUUUCAGGUUUCCAUGAAAUUGAGUUUUGCUUCCUCAAAAAUAGACAAACAGGAUGGCGAUUCCCGAUUUCCGAAAGGCAGAUGAACUUCCUGCAUAGGCCGUGUAUGGCUGUCACCGUUUCUUGGCUGGCGUGAAAAGCUCAGACUGAACUAUCCAUGACCCUCCCUCCGUUUUUUUAGGAGAUGCUUCGCCACAGUUAGCGUACAUUGAGUACGCCCCAAUACGCAUCUCUGACCAGUGACAUCUACGCGACAACGAG